UCUCUCUCACGCACACAACACUGAAGAAGAGACUAAAACAAGAUGCAGCAGCCAAUUGAGUUUCAUCAGAUGCCCUUUAGUCUCUUAUUUGCUGCUUUCUAUUUAGCAUCCACAUUGAUCUCAACAAACAAAGAAUGAAACCAGAGAUGGAAACAAGAGAGAGAGAUGAGAUUUCCAGUUUACCCAAUUUGAAUUCUAUGCAAUUCUCAGCACUCAUUUCCUCAAAUCUCACAUGGGUCUUCUUCCUCUUCUUCUUCAUCAAUUUUUUCUCACUCUCACAGUCCGAUCCUCGAAUCUCCGUGGCCAGCCUCUUCUGUGGCAACUCCACACCGCCACCAAACACCAACUACGUCCCAACCUUUGUCAAAGAAAUGGAAGUUCUCUCACAACUCGUCGCCACUAAUCACUGGGGUCACAACGUAGCGAAUUCAACACCACCUAUCUACGGCCUAGCCCAAUGUUUCCAAGACCUUUCUCACACUGAUUGCCUCCUCUGCUACGCAGCGAGUCGGACCAAACUACCCCGUUGCCUCCCUCAUCUCUCCGCUCGCAUUUAUCUUGAUGGCUGCUUCCAACGCUACGAAAACUAUAGCUUUUUCAAUGAAAGUGUCGACCCAAUUCGAGAUUCGGUGAAUUGCAGCAGUUCAUAUGGAGAUGCAAUUGGCGAUGAAGCUUUCUCUUCCGAAUUUAGGAAAAAUGUUGGAGACUUGGUUGAUAAUGUGACUAGAAUUGCCGCGGCAAACAAAGGGUUUGGAGUUGUGGAGGCGAAGGGAGUGUUUGGUUUGGCGCAGUGUUGGAAGACUGUGAGCAGGGAUGGGUGCAGAGAGUGUUUGGAGAAGGCGGGUAAGGAGGUGAGAAAAUGUGUGCCGAGUAAGGAAGGGAGGGGCCUAAAUGCUGGUUGUUAUUUGAGGUAUUCUACGGAGAAAUUCUACAAUGAUGAGGCUGAAGAAGUAAAUAAACAUUCUGGGAACUCUUUAAUAGGGUAUGGCAUAGCUAUUGCUUUGGCAGGGGCAGCCUUCUUCAUGCUUUCACUGUCUGCUGCUUAUGCAGGCUAUGUAAGAUUUUCAAAGUUGAAAGAAGAACGUGAAAAUCUCGGCCAGGUUUCAACUUUAUAUAACAAGUCCAGUUUGAAUUUCAAAUACGAAACACUAGAGAAAGCAACAGAUUAUUUUGAUUCUUCAAGGAAAAUAGGCCAAGGAGGAGCUGGUUCUGUGUUUAAAGGGACACUCCCCGGUGGGAAAACUGUUGCUGUUAAGAGAUUGCUUUUCAACUCAAGACAAUGGGUAGAUGAGUUCUUCAAUGAGGUAAAUUUGGUAAGUGGAAUUCAACACAAGAACCUAGUGAAGCUUUUGGGUUGUAGCAUUGAAGGACCAGAGAGCCUCCUUGUUUAUGAGUAUGCACCGAACAAGAGCCUUGAUCAGUUUCUUUUCGAUAAGGACAAGAUUCAAAUUCUCAACUGGAACCAGAGGUUUAAUAUUGUUUUAGGAACAGCAGAAGGGCUUGCCUAUCUUCAUGGAGGUUCUCAAGUAAGAAUUAUACACAGGGAUAUUAAAAGCAGCAAUAUUCUUCUUGAUGAGAAUCUUACCCCAAAGAUUGCUGAUUUUGGACUUGCCCGAUGUUUUGCUGCUGAUAAGACUCAUCUUAGCACUGGAAUUGCAGGAACACUAGGGUACAUGGCUCCUGAAUACCUUGUCCGAGGACAAUUAACAGAGAAAGCAGACGUCUACAGUUUUGGAGUGCUGGUUCUUGAAAUUGUUUGUGGUAGGACAAAUAAUGCCUCUAUAGAGGACUCGGGUUCCCUUUUACACAUAGUUUGGAAGCUAUACAGGACAGAUAGAUUGGCUGAUUGCGUUGACCCGUGCCUAGAAAAUGAUUUUCCAGAAAAGGAGGCAUCCCGCGUCCUUCAACUUGGACUUCUAUGCACACAAGCUUCAGUUGCUUGCAGACCAUCCAUGGAUGAAGUAGUUCAGAUGCUGACUAACAAGGAUUGUGAAAUGCCUCUUCCUAAUCAACCUCCUUAUUUGAAUGCUAGCAUGCUGCAGCCAAACAGGUCCAUUAGGUCUUCCGGCAUAAACAGUUUGGUAUCGAAUAUAUUGGCAAAACUUGAGGCGUCAGACACCUCUACAGAGUCAUCUUUUAUGCAGACUUCAGACGGGCUAUCAAAAAGUCAAGAACUACAACAGAAGUAAAUUCAAUCAAGUACCCUGUUGUGUAAAGGGACACACUAAUGCAAACUUGACAGCAUCAAAUUUACAGCUCCAUACAAAGCAGGUUUCAGAGCAAGGGUUUCAUGAUUUUCUUGAGAAUAGAAGAGCAAAUUUUAUUUUUUUUAGAGGAGGGGGAGGCAAUGGACUCGCACAUUGUCAUCUCGAACCCGUUCGAAUUCAUGACCUUUCUUUAGGAAGUAAAAAUCUGAUAUCGUUACUGCAUGUUGGCAAGAGAACAGCAAUCUGUUGCAAUUUGUUUACCUCUUUGAAUUGGAGCUUCCAUGGGAGAUGAAAUGGGAUGUGUAUGCCAAUGAUAGAAGCAAGGAAAUUCGGAGUACACGAUUACAAGUAGCUCAUGGUUAAUUUUGAGUUUGAUGCCAAGAAAAUAGCAGAGUUGGGGCCAGGUUUUUUUUUUUUUUUUUUUUUUUUUUUUUUUUUUUUUUAAUUAUUAGUUUUAUUUGAGAA